GGAUUUUCAGGAUAACGGGUGAUUUUUGAAUAAAUCAUUUGUUAUUCUGAAACUCUCUCUCCCCCGUCGUUAAACUCUUUGUCUCAUCAUCAGAUCUCGUACCCAGAUCAGACCGGACCGAAUCUUGUUUAAGAAAGAUGACAAUGGACGUAGUCAAUGUGGGAAGAAGCAAGGUGACUGGAAUCAGGCAGAUUGUGAGACUAAAGGCAAUUCUCCAAAAAUGGCAAAUUUCGACUCUUGGAUCAAAGGGGGGUAAUAAACAAAAGAAGCAAUCCCGUGGUGGAGGUAUCUCGCCGGCAAUGAGCCAGAGGAUGAAGAACGCGGACAAAUAUUGUGACUCGGAUGAGGAAAGUUGCCAGACUCACGAAGCCCCUCAUGGUGUACCAAAAGGAUACUUGGCGGUUUAUGUUGGGUCCGAGCUUCAAAGAUUUAUAAUUCCGACGACCUAUCUUACCAAUCGGGUAUUUAAGGUGUUGCUUGAGAAGACUGAGGAAGAAUUCGGGUUUGAUCUCAGUGGAGGCCUCACGUUUCCUUGUGAUAUAGAGACCUUCAAAUACCUUCUCAAUUACAUGGAGACCCAUAAGGAUGAACAGCAGGACUCCAACGGUGGAAUGGAGCAUCCAUGAACCGCGCCUGACGAGUCGGAUAAUAGCGGCUCCUGAAUGUCCCAUGAUGCCAAAUUUUAAGGCUUUUAGAAUGUGGCAUAUCAGCAAGGUCUCAAAUGCAGAUUAUUAUUCCCUUCUGCUCUUUUAGGAG